GCGUGGGCGGGCCCGGCGGCGCAGUGAGGUGCUGAGGUCCUGGGCGCGCGGCGGCUCAGUGGCUGCAGCUCACGGGCCCUGCGGGUGGCAUGCUGUCCUCGGCCGCGCUGCUGGCGCUGGGCGCGCUGCUGUGGCUGGGCCCGCAGCCCCCGGGCGGGGCGGCCGCCGCUCAGGCCAUGUGGACCGCCUGGCUGAACGUGUCGUGGCGGGAGCCCGGCGGCGGGAACCGCAGUGGCUGGAACGCGAGCGAGAGCGGCCUCUUCGGGCAGGACUCGCCGCUGCAGCGGGCGGCCGGGCUGCUGGUGCAGCCCGACGGGCCCGACGGCCUCAACGCCUGCAGCCCGUUCACCAACUUCAGCGAGGCGGGCGCCGGCCAGGCCUGGCUCGCCCUCAUCCAGCGCGGCGGCGGCUGCACCUUCGCCGACAAGAUCCGCCUGGCGGCCGAGCGCGGCGCGGCGGGGGCCGUGAUCUACAACUACCGGGGCACGGGCAAGGAGGUGCUGACCAUGUCGCACCCGGGGGCAGGAGACAUUGUUGCAAUUAUGAUCAGCAAUCUGCAAGGCCUGGACAUCUUACGCCGGAUUGAGAAGGGCUUUCAAGUGACUAUGGUUAUUGAAGUAGGGAAAAAGCAUGCACCCUGGAUGAAUCACUAUUCAAUCUUCUUUGUCUCAGUGUCGUUUUUCAUUGUCACAGCAGCAACUGUGGGCUACUUCAUAUUUUAUUCUGCUAGAAGAUUCAGGGUUGCAAGAGCUCAGAACAGGAGAGAGAGACAAUUAAAAGCAGAUGCCAAAAAAGCUAUUGGACAGCUACAACUGCGCACGUUAAAACAGGGGGACAAGGAAAUUGGUCCUGAUGGCGAUAGCUGUGCAGUGUGCAUUGAAGUAUACAAACCAAAUGAUGUAGUGCGUAUUUUAACUUGCAACCAUCUCUUCCACAAGACUUGUAUUGAUCCCUGGUUGUUAGAACACAGGACGUGUCCUAUGUGCAAAUUGGACAUACUCAAAGCUUUGGGAAUUGAGGUGGAUAUAGAAGAUGGAGCAGAGUCUUUCCAGACCACGGUGUCCAAUGAAGCAUCGAAUAGAGCUUCACUUAAUGAAGAGGAUAAUCGUAGUGAGACUGCAUCAUCUGGCUAUGCUUCAGUGCAAGGCACAGAUGAGCCGACUCUAGAACAUGCAUCUUCAGAGCAUGACAAUCUGCAUCUCGUAAACAAUGAGUCCCAGUCUCCAGCAGUGGAGGUCCUUCCUCACCUUGACAACCCAAGCUUUGAAGCAGAUGAAACACGCGUUCAAGAAAUCAAAUCCUAAAAAUCUGUCAAGCAAUGUGGAAUCUGAACCCUUUGUAGCAAACUGCCAAUUGUGGUCGUUAUGUACGUCAAACAGUAUAACAAAUGAACUACUCUGUAGCAGCAAUGUUGCAUUGGAAAUAUUGGGAUGAAAUGAAAUUUUUUUAAUAGAUCACAAUUACAUGGCUUGAAAACUUAACCUUCUUCUAAUUUAAACCUUUUUAUCUUCCGUAUGGAAUUUAGUGCAAGUAUUCUUCAGAUAAAACUCUCAAAGGAACGUAUGAAGAAAACCAUCUGAUUUUAACAUUGAACCAAACCUUCCUAACCCAGCCAGUCUUGUGCAGCGACAUUUCCAUUCAGCCUGUGAAAACACGCUGCUUUUUUUAAAAUAUUGUACUAUGCGGAUUCUCCUGUAGUAGCUGUCUCUGUUGGGAAUUGUUUGAUUUGGAGCUCAUAGAUUUAAUAUAAAGAUCAAUUUUGAUCUGGUUGUAAUAGAAAUCUAUCUGGACUUAAUUGUUUUAUGUAAAGCAAUGAUCAUGUUAACUGUCACUGCACCAAAUUAAUAGGACAGAAUUACAAACUAAAUACUUAUCAACCUUCCCCUGCCCCACAAAUAUUUUUGUGGAAUAUUAAACCUAUUUCAGAUGAGGUAAAGGUUCUAAUCCAUCAUAUAAUGCAACAUAUAUUCGUAAACCUAUUUGAAGGGUUUUAAAUAACAGGUCAAGUCUGACUUGCACAAUAUUGUAAAGGGAACAAUUCCAGAAGUGCUGUUUGUUUGUUUUGUUUUAAAUACCCUAUUCACUUUCUCAAACUUAUAACUUGUGAAUUAGUGGACUGUUAAAUGGAGUCUGAAGGCUAUCCUAUGGCUCAGGGGUUGUAUAAAUAGCUGCAACACCAGCAAUGUUUGCUAGUCCACACUUUGUGGGAGUCUGAAAUGCUGAAGACUGUCAACUGAGGGUGAAGGUCUACAAACACUGAAUAGAACAUGGUAAGGCAACAGGUUGUAAAGAGUGCUACUGAAUAUUGGGGGGGGGGAGAGAGGUUGCAUAGUUUAGCAAACUGGAUAAAAUUGCAAUGACUCAACUGAUAUCCUGUAAAUGAAGCUAUAAAUUAUUGCUGAGUUUUCUAAUAUUUGGGAAGAGUGGAACACAAGGGUGCCUUAGUACAAAGUCUAGAGCCUCAUCCACCAAAGUUAACUAAGUACAUCUAUAAUGCACUUUAUUUUUAUUUUGUGUCUUUAUUCUUUAUUCUGUGGUUUUGUUCCUAAUACUAAUGCUAACAGAAUUUAGUCUAAAGAACAGCAAUAAUGUACUACUGUUGAAUCUCUUGGGAGAAAACAAUGCAUUUUCUUACUUCUGUGUAGUAUGAUUAAAAAUGUUGUAAAUAUUUCAUGAUUUGUACCGAAUUUCUUUGAAUAUGAAAAUGUAAAUAAAACUAUAUUCAAAUGGCC